GUGCCAACAUUCAUUGUAAAACAAUCACGUGUUAAUUGUUGGUAUUCUUUUGGUGCGCUCCACUAUGCAGCGAGUAAAGAAGCCCGCCGGAAAUUAUACCGAAUGUUUAGUUCCGCUUCGCUGAAUAGGAAGUUGAGGAGAAUUUUGUGAGGCGAGCGGAGUGAGCUCGAGGGGAAACUAUGGCGCUGCCUGGUGUAAACAAGGAUAAUAUCCGAGCUGGAUGUAAAAAGUGUGGAUAUCCUGGCCAUCUUACGUUUGAGUGUAGAAACUUCCUUAGAGUGGACCCACAGCGAGAUAUCGUGUUAGAUGUGAGCAGCACAAGCAGUGAGGACUCUGAGGAGGAGGACGAGAUCCCAGCUAAACCACAACUUUCUGCAGAUAAAAAAAAGGAGGUAGAUGUGAAUAAGAAGAAGCUGAAGAAAAAGAAGGAGAAAACUAAAUCCAAGAAGCCAAAGAAAAGAUCCUAUUCAUCAAGUGAUUCAGAAGAUGGCCCCAAAGCAAAGAAGAGUAAAAGUCAUAAGAAAGAGAAAAAGCCUAAAAAAGAAAAACAUCACAAAAAAGGCAAAAAAAAAGGGAAACCUGAGCGCCAUUCCUCAUCUUCUUCAAGCGGUUCAGAUUCCUCCAGCAGUGACUGACUCAUGGUUGUGCUGUGUAGCCAGAACAUUGUGUACAAUGAGCCUCUGGGUUCCGUCAUUAUGGUAAAUAGCCAGGACUGUUACAGAGACCAAAUCACUACUGGAGCAAAGCAUGGAUAACUAAUUCUAUACAAACAGGCUUGCGUAUGAAAUAUUAUGAGCCGUGUGCAUUGCACACUGUUUAUUUUGAGUUACAAGCAAUGAAAAAAAAAUAAAACUUUAGGCUGCUGAUUGGGUCACAUUAUAUUGACACAAUCAAACAUGUCUAAUAAGGGGUUGAUGAUGUGCAUAAUAUAACAAUCUUUUUUAAUGAAUAAGUCUGAUUAGACUAAUUUUGUAUUUUGUAUGUGCUACAAAGGAAUAAAGAAAUGGGUCAUUUUUA